AUGGCAUUGCAGUUUUAUCGUACUAUUCAGGUGUUGAACUGCCUCACCGACGCUGGCACGGUGCUCGAAUUGGGUACUUCGUCGCAUAUGGAAAAUGGCGUUGAAUAUUCCUGCAUGGACGACGAACCAGUGAUGGAAGGCUCUGGUGAGGAGGUUUCGGUUAAUUCGUGUCCAGAGAAUGCUGAAAGUUCCGAUGACAUCACUGUGGGAAACUUUCUCAUCUGCUGCAUUUCAAAACGAUUCAAAGGCUGUUUCAAUGGGUCGAGAAGCGACGAUGUCGAAGAUGUUACCUUCCAUGUGAAGAAGUACGCGAUAUGGCGGCAGGGAGACUACGAUAUGAGAUGUGGCGAUGAAGGCAUUCACGUCUAUAGAUGCUACGUGAAUGGAAAAGGAGUGUACGUUGGUCAGGCCUGGAUUGACAAGAAUGGUGUCGUCAACAUCUGCAAAUAA